AUGCUCCCGCUACUGGAGCUCGGCCCCUUCUUACGGGACGUGACCCCGGGGCUUCACGAUGAAACCAGUGUAACCAAAGUGGCGAAGAUCACUCUGUUCCUCUUUGACUUCUAUCGCCAGCUAAUUGGCAGCGGGCGUGACGAAAUCGCGGGGGUAAUCGCCGCUCUCCAGGUGGUGAUUGACCGUCACCGAGCCGUUUUUAACCAGCCCGCCGACCAAAGCUUUACUCUGCUAUACUCGGGAGGACCCCUGGUGGGUGCCUGGGCCGUCCAGUUUUUGAUUCACGUCCUCAAAACCACCAGUUCCUCGGUGGACGCCACCUUCCAGUUAUUCGCCAAUGUCGUCAGCGCUGCGGGAGUGACCAGUGGCAAAUACGUGAAGAAAGUGAUACUAUCGGAGCUAGAGCUGCUUACGGACAAGUUUAUGGCCGGGAGAGGCGACCACGAUACCCUUACCGUCUCCUUAUAUGGCAUAGUCAAUCUGAUCCAUCUGCUCCGGUGGACGGUGGCGCAACAGCGUAAACUUGACUCGUUGCGACGGAGACUAUGGUUUGCGGCCAUAUCCAUCAAUAGCCUCUCUCCCAUGGCGCCAGAGAUCUUGCUUCAGGCCCUGCACGCCGUGGUUAACGACGCGUGUCGCCUGGUUGCUGAAGUGGAACAAGUGAAACAAAUGAUCUAUGAAGCGUGUCGCAUUGAAGACCCCGAAUUGGCCAAAGCGAUGGCGCUUUCCAUUCUAAGGCUAGCCGAAAAGGGCCACUACAUUUACGAUACCAAGCUGAGAUCAGUGGCGGUUGUUCGAGCCCAACAAGUAGCACACUACUUGGCUGACCCUACUACCGACAAAUUGAAAGGUCUUAGUGAUCCCAUGGGAGAUGAGACGAUUGAUAGUAUCAUUGCUCGACUAUUAACUCCCAAGAAAUGGCUCGAACCGCCAACUAUAUCCGAUGAUGAAGCCGCCACCGUGGUCCUGCUUACAGUCAAUCGCAACUACCCGUGUCAGGUGUCAGGUGACCUCAAGGAAGGCCACUGUGGUCGGUGUGGGUACCAUCAUGGGAAAAACCCUUACGCCGUAAUUCUGAAAACUCGACCUUUCCUUGAAGAUGCUUACGAAUUAAAAGGGGAAGUGAUUGACUUAAUGAGUAUCCCGCAACACUAUGAAGUGGCACUUGUAGCCCUGCUUGACGUGUGGUGGCUGAUAUUGGCUCUGUACCGAGUGCUGGAUACUUCUCAAGUUAUACCCUAUCUUGUCAAAUUACUACGCCACGAUAAUCGAGAAGUGAGACUAUUCGCUGCUCGGGUGAUCCCGCUUACAGUGAUUGCCCCCGCCCUGCCUGAAUUAGAUCAGCGUAUAAACGAAUUGGUGGCUGAGGCCACAACCAUGCUAUCUGGAGGGCCGAUUUUGUUAGGUGAAGCGGCGAUAACCGUAUUAUCCUGGCUCACCACUGCACUUGAUCCUGAAGAGUCGCCUCAGCCUCUCGCAGCCUUAGUGGCCCAGUUUAGCCAUACUAACGAGCAAUAUGCUAACCACGCGUUUGUGGGAGUAGUGCUGCUGGGAGUACUGAGGGGAAUCCACCCACCAAAGCUUGUGAUGCCGAUUAUCGGUCGCGUUGUCGACCCCAUAAUAACCCGACCGUUAGCAUUGACCAGGUUUUAUGAGCUUGGCAUGAACCCUCAGCAAUUGCUUGAGCGACUCAGAGACUAUGCCGUACCCAAAUACUUGGACGACUAUAGCCAUGACUAUUUAGGCGAUAUCGCUGCUCGUUUACGACUGUCGAAAGGGGACACUGUGGUGAAAGUGCUUCCAAGAAUUAUCGCUGCCUAUGUCACUAAACGAGACUUCAAUCCUCAGUUAUUCCACAUGGCGUUGACUAAUGCCAGUACUCGUUUUGAGGCGCAAAACAUCACUUCGUUAUUAAGGGAACAAGCGAAGGAAGCCUACUGGCAGAUCCUUAUUUCGUUAAAUGAUGAUAAUCAUGAGGAAAUACGCCUCGGGUUGGACCGCAUUGCUGACGCUACGGGGAACGAUUUGCAGACCGAAUUGGGCAGCAGCGCUCUUUUGCUUGUGUCAAAAUUCAAAGACACCGUUCACAAUUUGAAAGUGGGUAAUCUGGCCGAUGGUAAAGUGGCAGCUUUGAGAGCGGCGGAGUUCUUGUUAUCGGAGAUUCCCGAACAGUUGCUGGUGGCUAUCGGUCAGGUGCUGACGUGUCUUCAAACAUGUCUCGAUAUGGGCCCGAGAAUUCAACAUUUCGCCUUGCGGUGCUGGCACGUGCUUGUGAUGAAACUUCCCCCAGCAAAAUUGGUCUCGUUGAUGGACAUAUUGGUGCUGUGCUUGCUCCAAGUGUACCCUAAGCUUGAGCGCGAAGAUCUGCGUCAGUUGGUCCGGUUGAUACUAGGCCACGUCCUCACUGCCGACGUUGACCCUCAAUUCGCCCAAUACCUCUGGCUGCUUCCGUUUAUCGAAGGAUUAGAGCAAGUGGUGCCGCGGCUCGACCCCAAGCUUGCCCAUUUCAGCCGCUCGCAAAUGAUGCUGGCGUUCAUUCGCCGUUUAGCCACGGGGAACACGUACGUGGUGGACCAGGCACUUAAGGAUUUACGCUACUAUUUUGAUCGCUACCAUCAGGAGCUUCACCGCGACAUGGCGGAGCCGGCAUUGGCUCAGUUGGUGGCCAACUUGGCCCACGAAAUUCUUGCAGCGCUGGCGCUGCGUCCUGAACCCGCGGCUCGAGCUUUAGCUGCUCUCGGUCUGCUUGAUCCCCUUAGAUUUGCCGUGAAACGACUGCCACCCACGCCAUUUGUCAUCCUCUGGGACUGGCGCAACGAUGAAGAAAAUGCUAAUUUCAUUCGUGACUUUGUGGAAACAGUGCUUGUCAAACUGUUCUGGGCACUGCCGGAUCCUAAUCGUCAGUUAUUCUAUGCUUAUGCGAUGCAAGAGUUGUAUAAAGUGGCUCCCACCACUAAGGGCUAUAGCGAUGUAGCUCGGGCUACACUUUUACCGUUUAUGAAUAGUGUCUAUGUGGGUCCUGCCAUCAAGAAACGCGAAAUGGAGUAUCCGUUGUUCCCUCGACGCUACGACCCUUGGGUAUGUACUUUUGCCAGCGACUUAAUGUUGAGGCUUGUUGGUCGGACUAAAGGAGCGCCUAAAAGGCUAUUACAAACACUCACGGUGUUGCUUAGAGACCGCAACGACGUCACCGUACUGAGAUACCUUUUGAAGUAUGUGGUGGUUGCCCACGUGAUCAAUAAUUCCACUGAAGUCGUUGACGAUAUCCGUACCGAGUUCGGCGCUGUAUUAACUCUGACCGGCACUGGUGAAGACGAUCGCCAGGCGUGUCUGGAGAUGCUUGCCGUGGUUGAUUACUGUCUCCAGUGGAUUCUGGCGGCGACUCCCGUAGCCAAAACCGGGACUGAUGAAGGGGCGCUGCGUGUGCGGCGUCAGCUUCGCCAUCUCCAGGCGUUUGUCGAGCUGAUCCUGCCGUCAAUCAUCGCCGACCGCGCCUUGGCGUGUGACAUGUACGAGCGGACCAUUUUAACCGUGGAAACAAUGGUAACUCUGGGAGCGGCUCCUGCAGUGGAAAAGGCACCGAUUUUACAGCAAAUGUACGCUCGCAUUGGCGACUACGACUCGGUGACGGGUGUAUUACACAAGUUCUCGCUGGAGAAUAUCAGUGCUCAUUUGCGCCAGUUUCAGUAUACUCGCCAGUGGGCGGUGGCACAGGCGCUGAUGGCGGUUACUGGCCAAGUCGACGACGAGAUGUCAGCUUUAUGUGAUCGCGGUUUAUACCAGGAAGUGCUUCUGGCAGUAGCUAAUUCUGCCUAUAAAACUGCCAAUGGUACACCGCUGGCGGCGCUGGCGCGGGCGGCGGUGGCGGCUGGUCUUCUCCACGGCGAUCCUCCAGCUACACAACGGUGGUUAGCGGCGUGGGAUGCUACCAGUGUCGAUGAGGAUGUCAUGGUGGAAAUUGCUCGUAAAUUGACGCGGGGAAACUACGAUUUUACGCCGAUAUACCCGGUUGUGGGGCGUCACUUAGUGCCACUGACCAGCGCCAAUUAUAAUGCCAACCGCCAGCUCUGGCGCUAUUUACAUUGCAUGUAUGAUGUCGCUGGAAUCCUUCUGGGAUCGUUGACUGCUAAGCAAUUGGAGGCGCGGCUUUCCACUGCGGCUAGCGACGACCAGUGGCACGUCUUACAAUUUCGUCGUCUAGGUUACCGGCUCGCCAGAGACCAGAGUGGCGAAGCGCACGCGGUGCUUCAACUAGCGCAAUGGGCCCGGCGCCAUCAGCGGCUUGACCUUGCUGGCCGGUUAGUGGUGGAGGCAAUGGCGCUUGACGAACCGAAAUCUCAAUUGGAAUACGCCAAAUUACUUUGGGACCAAGGCAAACAGCCAGAGGCAAUUUUGAGUUUGGACAAAUACAAACAGCUUUCGCUGGACCCGGAAGUACAGCUUCAGUACGCUCAAUGGCUUGACGAGCUGGCACACGUGCUGAGUGACGAGAUCAUUCGUCAGUACACGGCGGCAUUGGUGCCUGGACAGGGUAAACCACAUUUUGCGUUGGCAACAUAUUUUGGUAAGCUUUUGCAGUCACAAGCCCACACCACGGGGCUCUACGAGGUUCACAUCCUACGCCAUUUGAUGAAACUGUUGGCGUUUGCCGGUUCCGAAUUCGCCUUUGAAGCGGUGCCGAAAUUGUUGACGACCUGGCUUGACUACGCACAAACCGUAGUCGAUAAACCAUCACUGGAAAGAAAGCUGAAACUUGAUGUAAUUGUCAAAGAACUCACAAAGCUGGUACCGAAGAUAUCGACGUCGCUGUGGUUUGUUGGUAUUACACAGAUCCUUCUGAGAUUCUUACAUCCUCACACUCCCUCAUACGAGUUAUUGGAGACUUUGUUGGUAAAUAUCGCCCUGAAAUACCCAAGCCAUGCCUUAUGGUACAUUUUGAGCCACAUAUGGCUGAAGGACGAGCUCAGACAACAGCGGAUAUCAGCGGUGCUUCAACGGUUGAGCAAGGACCAUAAACGACAAAUCACUCAGGCGCAACGGCUCGUGGGGCGACUCAUCGACAUUGCCCUGUUUAAACCGCCAAAAGCGUGGCGCAAUCAACGCCACCAGUUCAGCCUUGCUCAAGAUCUCCACGUGAAUAUGGAAGGAUCUAAAUUCAACCUGUUGGUGGUGCCAGUGCGUCAACACUUAGCCAUCAGCGCCAGGCCCGUCUAUUUGACGUCAGUGAUGGAUGCUUGUCGUAUCUUCUGGUCGCUUCAAGCGCCAAGACAGAUAUCCGUAAAGGGCAGUGACGGUAAGCAAUACAAGCUUAUGGUGAAGCAGGACGACACGAGAAAAGAUGCUAAAGUGGUCGAGUUCACUACUGCCGUCAAUCGCACAUUGGAUGCCGAACACGCCAUUGUUAACUACGCCGUGAUUCCGCUCAGUUCAGCGAUUGGGGUGUUGGAGUUCGUUGAAGAUGUCACCACCUUUAAACAGGCAUUGGCGACUCAGAGAAUGCGGUUGGGUCAAUCGUUCCUGGAAGGGAGACUUGCUUCGAAACUUACCAAGGCACAAAGACUGGGUUCUCAGGAGGAGAUGGUCAAAGUGUUUAAUGAAAUCGUCAGUGCUAACUCUCCCGUAUUACACCGCUGGUUUGUCGACGAGUUUGCUGACCCGGCCUCCUGGUACGCUGCUCGUACUCAAUUUACUCGACUGUUGGCAGUAAUGCUGAUGGUGGGCUACUACGUGGGGCUUGGUGACCGUCACUGUGAAAAUAUCCUUUUGUUUGUCAAACUGGGCCAGGUUCUCCAUAUUGACUUUGAGUGUCUUUUCGAUAAAGGGGAAACGUUACCGGUACCGGAAAUCGUCCCGUUCAGACUCACGCCGAACUUUGUCGAUGGUAUGGGUGUCUGUGGCUACGAAGGGAAAUUCCGAGCCACCUGUGAACGCGUGGGCACUCUGGUUCGCCAGCACGAAGCAGUGUUGAUGAACGUGUUGGAAACGUUACUUCACGAUCCGUUGUUGGAUUGGAAGACCGAUGAACUGGUGACGCCUCAAGGGCAGCUCACCAAAGUGAGACGCAAAAUCAGAGGGUUGAUGCUGGCUAAGGAAGAACUCCCUGUGAAUAUUGAAGGGCAGGUGGACAAAUUGAUUCAGGAGGCAGUGUCUCCAGAGCGGUUAGCUCGCAUGUACCCCGGGUGGGGUCCUUACCUUUAG